UGGUCCAGGACCGACUCCAGCGCUGAGUCGGCUGACAGACAUCAUAAAAGGCUUUAAGUUCCUCUAAAGAUCUCAUGUGAACGUUUUGCUUUGACAGGAAACCGUCUGCUGUCAGAACGCUUCGGCUAGUUUAAUCUCCAACUUCUCUGUUAGCGGAGCCGCUCUGCUGAGACACUUUGACAGUUUAUGGGACGUCUGGCUGCCAACAAGGCAAGAGAAUUCCCAGAGGAGCGACAGAGCUCCAAGACUGGUGACGGCAUGCAGACGCAGAACACAAACAACCUCUCGGUCCAGGCUGAUCCAGUCAGCGCCCGAACGGCCAGUAGGCUCGUCUCUCUGUUGUUUCUGGUUAAAAAUAACCUUCAGCAGAAGGAUCUGACCUUUUGGAUCAAUUUAUUAUUCAGGGAAAUAAAAGUGUAGAACACAAAACAGGUCUAGAAAUAUUCAAUUACCUAAUGAAUAGAAUAGGAUAAAAUAGAACAGAAGUAUCCUUUAUUUCAGGUGCAUCAAAAGUUCAAAGUGAAGCAGGAGUUCAUUUCCUCACAAGGUAAAAGAUAAAUAAAAAAAUUAAGAGGUUAAAGUGAAGAAAUAAAAAAACAUCAGUUUAUUUAUGAGACAUGAAUAAACAAAUAUAUUUUUUUGUGUUCAAACCUUCAAAAUAAGAUUUUUUCAGAGGGAGAGACGAGUUUUUAAGAUAUAUUAAAUCUGCUGUUAUUGUAAUGAAGUUAUGGUUUCAUCGUUUAUUUGAAUAUUUGUACUAACCUACUGGAGUUUCUGAUCCCCAGCAUGGACAUCCCCUAUGAAAGAUGCAAAUAAUUAUAAUAACAUUAAUAAUGAUAACAUUUUAAGUAUAAUGUAAAAUAUUUCUUUAUUUUAAUUGAACCAUCAGAAACUUUAUUAAAAAGCUAUUUUGCACCAGAGAUUCUAAUACUUUGGUCUCAGAAUCCCAAAUGCAACCUUUUCAGAUUUUUUUUGGCCUGAAAAAACAAGUUUCCUGUUAGCCUUUAGCUUUAAACAUACAUAUUUAUUAUUUUGUGAUGUUUAAACUCAAAAUAAACAUUUAACAGAACUUGAUGACAUCCAAACAGAAUCAGUUUUACUUCCGGCUCACGCAGGAGGUAAAACAGUUGGACGAGUAAUGGUAGAUGUCCUGCAUUUGUACAGCGCCUUCUCUGGGUUACAGCCCCCCAAGGCGCUUCACAACGCAACCAGUCAUUCACACGCUGGUGAUGACGAGCUACGAUGUAGCCACAGCUGCCCUGGGGCGCACUGACCUCUGUAGGUUAAGUGUCUUGCCCAAGGACACAAUAGCAGCAUUGUCUGGUUAGAGCCGGGAUCGAACCUGCAACCUUUCUCAUCACUGGACAACCCGCUCUACCUCCUGAGCUGCUGCUGUAUCGGGUCAGCGCUCUGGCCUCCAGCUGAGUCAGAGCUUUCAGACGUUCUCGGACGGGUUAGGCUAACAAAUAGACAAAUAAAAGAGAAUGAUCGGCAACUGGCUCUUAACUCAGAAAUAUUAUUAAAUCUUAAGAUGCAUAAACAGCUUCACAAAUAGAUGUUAAUCAACACCUAAAAAUUAUUAUUAUUAUUAUUAUUAUUAUUAUUAUUAUAGGAAACUUAACUGCAGGACUACAAGAUGCUAAUAUAACAUAACGCCUUCAAAUGUAAUGACAUUUUUCUAAAUUUGUUUAAUAAUUUUUUAUUUGCUUUAAUAUUUUACUUUUAAGUACAUUCAUGUUUUUUUUCACUUUUUAUUUGUUUUUUACUUUUAUGUCUUUUUACAUUAUUUGUUCAUUUAACUUUUAGCCCGUUAAGCCCUUUGUUGCCCUGAAUUUCCAGUAAAUAAAACACAGUUUAGACAUCAGCCCAAACAUGAACGACAGAAUAAAGAGGUAGAUUAUAAACCGGCAGUAAUCCAGAUUAGAUUGGUUUGAUCUGACUUUGCGUCCUAGGUCUUUUUCCGCCUCCUGUGUGAGACCUUCCAUCAUUCCCAGAGUGCGCAGCAGGGGGCGCAGCUGAGCGGCAUUUCCGCCGUAGGUGCGUCUCGGUCUCCAGCUCUCCAGGCUGUUUGCGCGUAAAAUCCCGGAGGAGCUGCGCUCGGAGCUCACAGUGAUCCGGAACUCUGAUCUGAUUCUUCAUAUGGACCAGAACCGAACCCCCGACCGGAGAGAAAACCCGAACUCCUACUUGGACCCGACCAUGAGGAUCUUCUCUGUGCUCGGAUAGAGACGCGCAUCAGACCCGGAGCAGAAACCUGCGGGUACGUCCGAACCGGGCUGCAGAAUUAUUGGGCUCUAACGAGCAGGACUAAUGAUUUGUGUAAACUAACGAGGGCAGAACCUCUUUCUUUGUGUCUAAGUUUAAUUCUGACAGAGCAGGAGCUGUGGGGGGGAAAGGUGAAAGUCGAGCUGGACCUCAGACCUACAGCCUGCCAGGAGUGGGGAGGGAGGGGUUCACCAGAGGGGCUGCCUCUCCUGUGAGGUCAGAGUGGUCUGGAACCACGGACCAUGCAGAGAGUCUGGAUUAUCAGAGUAUCGGCUGUGAUGCUGCUCUGGUCUCAGCUGCUGGACGGGCAGCACACAGCGGAUCACCGGAAGGUUCCCCAGAGGGUGGACCCUCAUCGGGAGCUGGGAGGAACCCAGGGCUCGUGGGGGGCCUGGGGAGUCUGGUCUUCCUGUUCCCGGACCUGUGGCAAAGGGGUACAAGAGCAGACCAGACCCUGUCUGCCAUACACGCAACACCCCUCAAGAGGAGCCGGUGUUCAGCACCAGCAGCUGGGCGGAGCCUUUUCUGCUACUCCAGACCACCACAGAACCAGAACCUCCAACAGCAGCAGGGGAGGAGAACCCCUGGGCGUGAAGCAGACUGCACCCGGAGAACGCAGGAGGGUCACUCUCAUCACUCCUGGGAAGUAUGGCUACGGGCGAGCUCCGUACGUUGCUCCGUUACAGAAGGAACCAGGUCGUGGUUCUGGAACGUCCCACCUCUACAGGCAGAGACGCGCCCCCGCAGCAAACAGAGGGAACAGCGGUUUCAGACCAAACAACAUGCAACGCCUCAACCGACCCUACGUCCAGCCCAGGACACAACGUCCAAAACACCACCAGGUCUGGGCCCCACUCUACCAGCCGACGUCACCAAACCGGGCUGAGGUUCAGCAGGAGCUGUAUCCAGGUGGUCGCACCGCCGGCCAUCAGCAAAGAGAGAGGCCGUACAACCCGCUGCCUUCUUCCUCCUGCCCCGGGGAGCGCGCUCAGUACAGGAUCUGCAACAGUGAUGCCUGUCCUCCACCCAGCAAACCCAUCAGAGCAGUCCAGUGCUCUUAUUACAACAACCAGCCUUUCAUGGGCAGACUGUACCAGUGGGAACCUUUUAACGAAGUGCCAGAGGAGCAGCAUUGUGAACUGAACUGCCGGGCUGAGGGCUUCAGGUUCUACGUGCGACACUCAGACCGGGUCAUCGACGGGACGCCGUGUGGACAGAACCAAACGUUUCUCUGUGUGGCGGGAAAGUGUGCGAGCCUCGGCUGCGAUGAGUACCUGGGAUCGGGGAAGGCGGUGGACAGGUGUGGCGUUUGCGGAGGCGACAACACGACCUGCAGGCUCGUCUCCGGAGACUACAGACACAGUUUAUCCAAGAUCGGCUACCACAGAAUAGUGGAGAUCCCGGAGGGAGCCAGGAAGAUCAACGUUACGGAGAUGAUGAAGAGCAGGAACUAUCUGGCGCUGCGAAGUCGUUCGGGGACAUCCAUUAUCAACGGAAACUGGGCUGUUGACCGACCCGGGAAGUACGAGGGUGGUGGGACCGUGUUCACCUACCGCAGACCCAACGAGAUCAGCAGCACCGCCGGGGAAUCCUUCCUCGCUGAAGGCCCCACCAACGAAAUCCUGGAUGUUUAUAUGAUAUUCCAGCAGCCUAAUCCAGGCGUUCACUAUGAGUACAUCAUCCCGUCUGAGAAACCAGUCCCACCUCAGCAUCCAGACCACAGGCCUGAAGAGAAAGCUGGACACGAUGGACAUGAGCAGCAGGAAAACUCUACAUCUGGGAGGAACCCCCCUCGUCGCCCUGACAACCAGGUGCCUGUCGUCCAGCCCCCCAGAAGGGAGAGAGAGUACAACUGGAAGAUGACUGGAGCUACAGAGUGCAGCGCCUCCUGUGGAAAAGGUUUCAGGUAUCCCACGUUUCACUGCGUCCGGCGGCUGAAUCACAUCCAGGUUUCUGACGGUCUGUGUGACAGCAGCAGCCGACCCGCGCAGCAGGAGGAGGCCUGCAACCUGCAGCCGUGCCCGGCGUUCUGGGACAUCGGCGAGUGGUCAGAGUGCAGUAAGACCUGUGGCCUGGGCAUGCAGCACCGGCAGGUUCUGUGUCGUCAGGUGUACGCCAACAGAUCCCUCAACGUCCACGCGAGCCGGUGCCGACACCUGGAGCGGCCCGAAACAGCCAGCACCUGCCAGCUGAAGAUCUGCAGCGAGUGGCAAGUCCGCUCCGAUUGGACCGCUUGCUCGGCGCCAUGUGGGUUGGGUCAAAGGUCAAGAGAGGUGCAUUGUGUCAGCAACGUGGGCGACUUUGUUCUGGAUGAAGAGUGCAACAUGAAUCUGCGCCCCGCCGAUGUGGAAAACUGUGACAUGGGGCCGUGUGCCAAGAGCUGGUUCUACACCGAGUGGGCCAACAAGUGUUCUGCUGAAUGUGGUAUGGGUGUUCGCAGCAGGGGGGUCCUCUGCCUGAACAACCACAUCAGCAGCCUCCCCCUGGAGGGCUGUGGCAGCGAGCGCCCUGCAGACUCUCAGGUCUGCAACAGCGGCCCGUGUGAGAACGCCAUCGAGUGGUUCACGGGUCCCUGGAGUCAGUGUUCUGCAGAGUGUGGUCCAGGCAGCCAGCAGAGGUCAGUGGUGUGUUUAAUGAAGUCAGAUGAAGGAUUCACCCUCAUGCCGCCGUACGAAUGCUCGUCUUUGGACCGGCCGCUCAGCCAGCAGAGCUGCAACCUGAAGGUCUGCGGAGCUAAGUGGUACCACACGGACUGGAGCUCUUGUUCAAAGACCUGCGAGGGAGGUUUCCGCGUGCGGGAGGUCCGCUGUCUCUCUGACGACACGCUGUCCUCUGAGGGUUGUGAUGAGCAGCUGAGACCAGCGGCGAGGGAGGACUGCAGCCCCGAACCCUGCACACCUCACGUCGACGAGAACUGCAGGGAUCAGUACUUCAACUGUAACGUGGUGGUCCAGGCCCGCCUCUGCGUGUACGACUACUAUAAAACCACAUGCUGUGCUUCCUGUUCACGCAUGGCCCACAAACAGACCGUGCGUCGAGGCCGCAGCUAGCGCGCUCUACCGGGCUGAGCCAGAAUCAGGACCCGACCCGGCCUGGGGAAGAGGACAGGCAGGACCUCGCUAACAGCAGACUCAAUGAUGCUGAUGCUGAAGAAGACUGAUGAAUCUGGAGAAACAGUUCUCAGUUUGGGACGAGGAAGAUCCAGAUUUAUCCUGCAUCUUUUGUUUCUCUUUGGGGGCCAAUCAGCAGCUGCUCUGUGAGGGAGAAACCAUUUAACUGUUUGUGGAGCAGAUCUGCAGAACGUUUCUUCCACAUCACAGCGUUGAGAUCUCUGCUCUGAUGAGACACGAAGAGGAUGCUGCUGAACCAGGAAUCACGACGGGGUUAAACGGAGAGCACGCCUCUGUUCAGAUGAAUGCAGGUUAACGGAAAGGACAGUUUAGCUUUUCAAAGUGUGCUUCUGUGUAAAAGUUCUAAAUCAUUUCUGUCCGACUCUUUGCAGAAAGCUAGUUUAGAUGCAACAGGACUGAUGGGCUAACAGCUAGGAUGACUGUUAAAACAGCUUCUAAAUUUCACGACAUUUUACACAAGAGUGCAAAAACUAAAAAAAAAAAGUACUAUUUCACAUGAUUCCUCAAGUUGAGAAACUAUUUUGUCCUAUUUGAUGAACAUAUUAAAUAAAAGUUUCUUCAUGACAGUAACUGAACACAUUUCUACUUAAACGCGGAGGCUGCUAUUAAAGCAGAGAAGAGCUGCUAGCUUAGUAAGGAAUAUAGAUGCUGAAGCUCGCCAUCAGGACUCAGAAAGGAACUAUUUAUGAAUUUUACACAGAAACCAUGACUGAAUUAUCCCCAGGGUUGGUGGAGUAAAGGCAGCUGAUGAUUAAAAAUGUAAAUGCGUUUGAACGACUGAGAUAAAAGUUGUUCUGGUUGAAUCCGUUAUCAGCUGUUGGUUUGUUUCACGUUAACAAACAGUAACGUCGUUAGACCUUCCCUCCAAACGUACCUCUCGUUCACCAGUACUGCACAUCUGUUCCCGCUCCGGAGGAUCCAGCUGACGUAACCUCAGGAGAGAAAACGCCUUCCAGAAGUGUUCAGGAGGGGGCGGGGCUUAAAAGAAAAGCAGGGUUAUAAUGCAGCUCAUGACUCAAAUGGUCAUUUUCCAGCUUGUGAGUUGUUGUUUCACUGGAAUAAACGGUUACAUAACA